GGUCUCUCUCUUUCCUUCUACAAACAAGCAUUACACCCAUUUUCGUUGAAAGUAUUAUCGUUUAAAUAGAAUACUUCACAGAAAUGACUUCAAAAAGUGAAAAAGAUCGAGCCAAACAAAUCCAGGAUCGAUGUCAGAACAUACUAAUGCAGAUGCUGAAGGAUGAGGACAACAAAUACUGUGUCGACUGUGACGCGAAAGGUCCCCGCUGGGCGUCAUGGAACCUGGGCAUCUUCCUGUGCAUCCGGUGCGCCGGCAUCCACCGCAACCUGGGCGUCCACAUCUCUAAGGUCAAGAGCGUCAACCUCGACUCGUGGACACCUGAACAAGUUGUAUCCCUCCAACAAAUGGGCAAUUCCCGCGCGCGCGCUGUGUACGAAGCCAAUCUCCCCGACUCGUUCCGGCGGCCGCAGAACGACUCCUCGCUUGAGGCCUUCAUCCGCGCCAAGUACGAGCAGAAGAAGUACAUCGCCAAGGAGUGGGUGCCGCCGCCCACGCCCAAGGUUAACUGUGGGUCCUCCCACACUACAAUAGAGCAGAAGAAGUACAUCGCCAAGGAGUGGGUGCCGCCGCCCACGCCCAAGGUCAACUGGGAUAAAGAGAUAGAUGAAGAAAUGGAGAGGCAGAAACGGAAAAAGAAGUCCACCACCUCAGGACUGGGACCACUGCCCGCGCCGACCACUAGCGACAAGAAAUACAACAAAUCGGACGUCAUACCCAGUCUACCGAAGCCGAAAUCGUCCGUCAGCCCGAAACUAGGGCGAAGCACCCCCACCAAUACGGUCCAGGCCGAACCUAGCAAGCCUUCUAACGGCUCCGCUGACCUCCUAGGCCUGGAUUCCGCCAAACCAGACCCUAAACCGGCAAACAACGACGAUAUCUUCUCCUCAUUCUUCUCCGCACCUCAAGAAAAACCCGCAGAAGUGAAGCCAGAAGACUCCAAGGCCGAUCUCAAGGUGGAAGAAGAGAACUUCUUCAAACAGGCCGCGCCCACGGAAAAGGAGAAGUCUAAGUUAACCAAGGACAGUAUAUUAGCUCUGUACAGUCAAACGCCAUCUACGAACUUAGUUAACCAAUUCAAUCCGGCGCCCGCGCAACCGGCGUACCAAGGGUUCGGGUAUCAGCAGCCUUUUAACACAAUGCCGGCGCAGAAUGGUAUGCAGUUCAAUCAGUUUCAGCCUAUGAACAACCAGUUUCAGCAGCCAUUUGCCCCGCCAACACAGCAGCCAUUGCCUAAUCAGCAGUUCCCUCAAACAAACCAGUUCUUCAGCGGUCAACAGCCGCAGCAACCGCUGACGCAGCAAUUCGGAGGCCUCAACUUAGGCCAGAGCUUCCCAAACUUCGCGCAAACGAAUUCCAAUGUUGCCAGCAAUACGACUUGGCAGUAGACUGCACUGUUCAGUUAGAUUUUUUCACUUGAGGCAACGCGUGUCUAUGGGUGUUUGUCUAUGGCGUUGAACGACUUCUCUAUGCUACGUCUUGAUCUUGGAUCGUAAGGUUUACUAUUAUUAUUGCAGCCUUAAAAUUUUAGGGCGCAAAUAACAUCGAACUCCUUCUAUGUCCUUCUGAUUAAUUUCUUUGCGGGUCCAAUGACAGUUUAACUUUCCCCCGGGACAAACUUGACCUUCACUGGUUGGGUUUUUUUGGCGGUCGAGCUGUAGAUCCUGGCUACACAGGAGUUGCAGCGGUGGGAAUAGUCCCGUUUCAGGGCGCAAAUAUAUUAUUUUGUGUUUAUCAACAUUAAGUCGUUUUAAAUUAGUACUUAUUUGCGCGAAAUCCCACAGAUGUGGCAUUUGUACUUACAUUUCCUUUUAGUAUUAAAUUAUCUUUACGCUUCAAAGUACCGUUCCAUUCCCACGAUAAAUUUACAUUUAAUCUGAUAUCAAACUUAUCUUAUUACGUAAGCGUCACUAGUAUUAAAUAUCUAGAUCGAAACAAGGCUACAGACAAACAUCCUUAUGUGCAUGCGAUUAAGGUUUAUUUUAAUUUACGUACGCAUUGUAGGUAAUGUUUUUUCAAGUCAUAUAUGAAUGUAAUUCAGUUCCACUGUUCAUAGAGUGUAGACAAGUGUAUCGG